CCUGUUAUCUGAUGUCUCUCAGUGAAUGCUUUCUAACCUGCCUUUUCGUUGCAGGUGCUGCUCAAGCAGUAUUUUCUUGUUUUUUUUUUGUGUGUGUGUGGUUUACCUGCAGAGACAAUAACCGGGCUAGUAUCUGUACCAAUUGUAGUGUAUUGAAAAUAUACAGUAUAUGCAUUACAGUGUGCUGCCCUAUUCAGUGUACUAGUCUAGAGUCAAGACUGUUUAGUGCGCCCCGAAUAAGAAGCUACUGGAAUCACGCUGCAGAGCAGAUCGCGGUGUGCACUGAUGUAAUGGACCAGCAGAGGGCGCUACAUUCCGGCUGCCUGGUGUCGGGGGUGCGGACUCCCCCAAUCCGCAGAAACAGCAAGCUGGCCACUCUGGGCCGCAUCUUCAAACCCUGGAAAUGGAGGAAAAAGAAAAAUGAAAAACUGAAGCAGAGCUCUACAGCGCUGGAGAGGAAGGCAGCUGCACGACAGAGCCGAGAUGAGCUGGUGAGGAAAGGGCUGGCAGACAUGAUGGAGACAGAGGCUGCGCUGGCCUGCGGGGGGAGCUCUGAUGAGCCUGGCACCCCGACACAGGGCUCCUCAGAUGGGGAGGAGAGGGAGGAGGAGUCUCUGACCCAGCUGCUCAACCUCAGCACCUUGGAGGGCCUGGGCUGUGAUGAGGACACCCCCUCCACAGUGCGGGACUCCGUGGGGGAGAGCGAAACAGAGGGGGACAUCAGCCCAAAUUCAGAGGAGGAGGAAUACCUCCAGACAGCACCUGCUGCCGAGACUCCUGGGGGAGAGGCAGACAGACAGGAAGGGAAGGAGGAGAGAGGAGACAGUUCCUCUGACGGAGACACCGUUUCUCCCCGGGCUCCAGGCCUGCCUGCGAAACUCCUGUCCAAGCUGGGCAGCCUGGAAGGAUCUCUGCCAGACCCCAGUGGAAAGGUCCCCUCCUCCCCUCUCCAGAGGAACUCCAUCCUGCCCAAGGAUGUUGUGAAGGCUCUGGAGACGCAGACUGCCGCCCCCCUGCGGGGCCAGAUGUCCACCCCAACUGGGUCGCCUCACCUGGGGGUCAUUCAUCCCCCCCUGCCCCCCAGCCGGGUCAUCGAGGAGCUGCACCGCGCGUUGGCCACCAAGCACCGGCAGGACAGCUUCCACAGCAAGGAGAUCCGCUCCUCCCCCAAGAGAAGGUCCGAGGGCCGGCUGUCUCGCACCUCCAGCCAGGAAAAGGAGCCAGCCGGCGAGACAGAGAGCAAAAAGGACUCCGAUGAGAACAAAGAAAACGUCCGCCUGGAGGACUGCAGGACGGACGCCUCCGGGCUGCCACACGACCAGGACAGCUGGAACGAGUCUGUGAUCUCAGGCACGCUGCCGCGCAGGAUGAGGAAGGAGCUGCUGGCCGUGAAGUUGCGGAACCGGCCCAGUAAACAGGAGCUGGAGGAGCGCAACAUCUUCCCUGUGCGCAGCGAGGAGGAGCGGCAGGAGAUCCGCCAGCAGAUCGAGAUGAAGCUGUCCAAGUCGGGGGGAGAGCUGGAACCUGUAUCGGCAGGCAACAGGCACAAGGCAGGACACACCCUGGACGGGACGCCAGUCCAUCACAGGGCACACACGGACACAAACACACUCACACCAGGACUCAUUUUUCCUUAAGCCACCUAACCUACCAGCAUGUCUGUGGACUGUGGGAGGAUAAACGUAUAAUGUUCAUUUUGAAUAAUUUGUAUGCAGAGCACAACAAUGAAUCCUGUCUUACGAUUAAAACCUAACAGUUUUAGAGUUACUGACCGCAAACAGAUGAGGUAAUUUGAGAACUAUCUUCCUUUUGGUUCUGGGUUACAGAUUUAUAUCUGCAUUCCCAAAGAAGAUGGCCAGACAAUCGCAGACAAAAACGCUUUGCUUUUAUUUUUACCUCCGCUUUAAUAAAAGAGGCUUGAACACAUCGAGCUCUCCUUAUGAAGUCGUGCACUUGAAAAACGUGCAUGCCUGCUGCUAUGAUUAAGCAUUACCAUGGCAUUCUCUUCACUCAUUCAGUGUCCUUCCAUUAAAGUCUGCUUCAGUUCAGUACAUGGUGUUCUUGUGGUCGUGUGGCCUUUCAAUUAGUAUUUAUCACGCCUGGCAGUAGAAUUGAUCAUGGCUUCCAGUAAUCAAAAAACAACUUCUGUCCUCGCUGUACACAGAAUCACGUGCUCCCUGUGGCUCUGCUUUUGUUUAUUCGUCAACCAUGUCUGUCUCAAAACCUCUUGAGAGGCGAUUUUUCAUUUAAUUAUACGGUAGCUGAGUGUUUGUAAAUUCAGUGGCAGUGGCCUCUAAAAUGACAGGUUCCGAGCUUUAAAUGGACUUUCUCGUUGACAAAAACAGCCUCAUGAAGACAUUCUUUAUAGAAAUCGGCGCAUCUAGCUUGAAUGUUCUGUUAGAUAAGGAACACUGACAGAGGGACCUUGAUUAGAGAAAUGGAGCUCUAUGAAACGGCAACACUACAAGCAGCUGAAGUGGGUUGUCUGCGCUACUCCAAACUGUAAUAGAGACAAAACAACAAUGUUAUUCCCUGUUACAGUAGUUUAUUGGUGGAAUGAAGAACAGCUGUUCUUGGUUUCCGCCCAAUCUGCUGUUUGACAGGCCCUCGAUCUGCCCUCUCUGUGAGUGCAUGACAGUCACAGCUGUGUCUCCGCCAUCUGCCCCUCUCCUGGGGCGGAUCCGAGAGCUGCCUGCAGCACAGCGAGAGGGGUCCUGAUGCCCCCUGUUGCCCUACCGAAGCCCCACCAGCAUCCAUAAAGGUGCAGGGCAGGAACACACGCGCCACAGCCCUGACAUGCCACACGUGCUGCCCAGCUCUUUGAGCAGAGCGGCCGGUGAGGAGUGUGGCUGAGGGAGCCGUCAGCCCGACUUGUACAGUCCUGCACGGAAUCCUACAGUCCACGCUCCAGGAAUUCCACUCGCACCCUGGAAUGUUCAAGGAAUUCUGCGUAGUUAAGGAAUCUUACAGUGUGACAUCAGAGCCAUUAGCUUUGUAACUGGAAACAUUUAAAGUCUAUUUCUGCCUCCAACUGAGAACUAUAAAGCGGGCCUUUUUGUGUUAUAAAGCACAUACUCUUUUCAAUGUAUCCCUUAUUUGUCUUUUUGUUAAAAUCAUAUUGAUCCUUUUCUGUGUGUUUGGCUUCAAAUUGUGUUUAAAAUUGCACCAUUUAGAUAGAAUCUCUUGGCCUUCACACUGGGAAACACCAGCUACCUCGGGAAUUGUAAUUUCAUUUAUUUUCUUGAAAUGAACGGACAUGUUAGGUGGCACGAAUUAAUUUAGUGUCCGUGAAAGAAAUGUGAACGCCAGUUUGGGGGUUUGGAAGCGUCUCUAGAACCCUGAAAAUGGAUGUUUUGCCGUUUAUUAAUGAAUUGUGAAAUAAAAUGAAGCCAAGAUGUGAAGCAGGGCGUGCGGUAGAUAUGCACUCCUAACCCCUCCAAACCGCACCCGAGCGGCGGCUGUUUUAUUGGGCAGGGAGAGGGAAUGGAAAUCGUCCAGAUCAGCCGAUCUGACGCUGGAGAUCAUGCAGCAAAGCAGUAUACAGUAUGAACUAGUGAAAGCAUCCACUGUGGAUUGAGGUGUUUUUUUUUUAAACUAAACCUUUACAUGUGCCGCUUCUACUGUACAGUAUAUUCACCUGCCACAGCGAACCGAGUAGAAAAUCCAACGGCAACAGUAAAAAAAAAAAAAGCCUUUUGAGUAGAUGCGAUUGUUGUGUGGGCAGACAACGCAGUCCAACAAAAAAAAUGGGGGAAACCUUUGUGGUCCUUACUGCAGCACUAUUUUCAUCCGCCUUCUGAGUGUGCGUCGGAAUUUCUCACGCAACGCCUCUAUAAUAAAAUUAUGCAUGGGAAAAAAAAGUGGGAGGGAGGCUGGGAGUCUCACUCAGAACAGCCAGAGCAGGUUCAGAGGCAGAUUGCAGAAACCCCAGCAACUGCCACUGCUAAGUAAUUCACAGCGUCAGGGAAGCGUUUUAUAGGGGAUUGCUCCGUUAGCGGAUGAUCCAUUUAAUUCGUUUCUUCCAUGAAUACCUGAGUGCCGCGCAAAAACGAGGCGUGUUGGAUUAUCACAACCCUUUACAGAAGAGCCGAGAUACAGAGCGCGUUCUUUCUUAUUUCCCCCGAUGUGGUUUUCGUCCCGAUCUAGACGUCGUAGUCAGUAUUCAGAGUCGAGAUGGGAAGAGCGGGGUCCGGUCACUAGAAGCUGCAGUUUGGGGGAUUCUCCGGUCUUUUCCAGGGACUUGAGCGAGGUGUUGAGCGAGGACUCCGAAGGACGCAUCUAGCAAGCCGUUAAAAUGGUACAAAACGUGAUCUUGGUGUUUUUCCGCAGGAGACUAAGUCAAAGACCGGCAGUGGAAGAACUGGAAAGCCGGAAUAUCCUAAAA